GCCCGAUGUCCGUGCUAUUCUGAUGCAUCGUGGCUUCGCGCCUCGUGCCGGCCCUUCGAGGGUCGAGGACGCCGGCUAUGCUUGGGUUCCCCACUCCCAAAUACUUAUAUCGUCCGGGCCCGCCAGCCUAACCCCGCACUUGCUCCCGCCAGCAAAUUUCCGCGGGACGGCUCUGGGAAUCUCAGGCUUGUACUUCUUGUACCACCACUCCACCACUCGGACUCGCUCUCGGACUCUUGCAUUUCCUUUCGAUACCCAAACCCAAACGCUUGUACACGCUCCUUCUUCUGAUGACGACAUCGCAGACUGGUGGGCGACAGCGCGCAGAGCGCGCGGCUCUGGAUGCGCCCCUGCUCGACGCGGCUGCGCGGGCGGACGAGAGCGGCGUGAACGCGGCCCUCGCGCGCGGCGCAGACGUGAACGCGGUGGACGGCGCGACGGGGAACACGGCGAUCACCUACGCGAUUGCUGGGGAGAGGUGUGUUCGGUCGGUGCAUAUCGAGGGUCCCGAGCGCUGAGAGGGCUUUGCUCGCGCGCGUCGCGUUUUGUCAGCGGCUGGGAAGACGUCGACGUGUCCGACGCGUCAUUCAUGCUGCAGAGCAGGGUGCAGGUGCUGAGGAUGCUCCUGCGUAGUGAGACGGUCUCGUUGUAUGCGCUCAACGCGCCGGCGAGGGAUGUUACCCCUCUGGGGCUCGCUGCUUGGCUGAACGUCCCGGACGCGAUCCGCGUGCUGCUCGAAGAGAGCCGUGGGUUGGUCGCAGUCGACGGCACCGACUCGCUCGGUGUUACUCCGCUCAUGUAUACUGCUCGUGAUGGCGCUGUCGAGGCUGCAUCCAUCCUAUUGGCGAACGGUGCACGACCUGAUCUCAGGGACACGCACCAUCGGACUGCGGUCCACCACGCGUUGCGUCAUCCCCGAAUGCUUUGGCUGUGCGAGUCUACGCUUCGCAAACAGCGGCUCCGCGAAUAUUUCAACGGUAACCGCCGACAACUCCAACCUCUUCCCCAGCCCUACGUCGCAUACGCACAAACAUCCGCCACCUCCCCUGUCGACCUCACGCAUUGGCCUGCGCCCUCAGAGGUGGUCCUCUCACGGUCGACAGAGGCUUUGAUCCGUGCUGUCGCCGGCAGCGACCUGACCGCAAUCUAUCAAGUUCUCUUCCCGGCUUCUCAUCGGACGACAGUCCUUGUCAACCGCUUAGACUCGCAAGGCUGGGGCCCCCUGCACUAUUGCGUAACCUCUC